AUGGCGAAAGGAUUCAUGUCACUGCUCGCAUUCCUUGUCAUCUUCACCGUGUCAGUGUGUGAUCCCAGGGGAUUCGUUGUCAUGUUGGACAAAGUUGUGUCUUUCUCCCUCAACACUGAGGUGGGACUGUUUGUCUUCAUCAUGCUGAGAGAGGCCAGAGAAGACAGAUUCCAACACCUGGCUGUCCCUCUGCCAGUAGGUGACUGUGUCUUCAGCCUCAGUUGGCUGCUCCCCUGCUACUUCCUGUUUGCAGUAACCUACGACGUCCUGCAGACCCUGGCAGACGUGGCUCAUUACCUGCCUUUCUACAGCCACAGUCAGGAGCUGCUCUACCACAAUGUGACUGAGAGUUUAACUGCAGCCAACAUCUCCAUCCUGCUCUGAUCCUCAGGCAGACACAUCACUCAGUGGGAGUUUAAGUUGCCAAAAAGCAGAAGCUUCGCAAGUGCU